AUCUCACACACUAUCAAAACCCCACGAUCAGAUCCUUUUCCAGUAUGUCAUAAACAUUUUGACAUAGAUGAAACAGUUUGCAGUUUAAUUUUCAAGAUUUCCCCAGUCAAAUCCAUCAGUCCAGCAGCAGCAGCACUUCCAGGAUGCCCUUUAGACAUGAAUGACCCUCAAAGCUAAGAAGCAACAAUCCACAUCCAAGCUUCAUACUGCAUGAAUGUGUACCAUUGUCUGUUUAAAUCAAGGAAAGAGCUGCAACAAAAAAGGCCCUCCAAUGUGUCUUCAGGAACUGAAAAAUGUGGUUCUGCUGGAGUUCAGUGCAGUGUCUUUCCAGACCCCUUCAUGCUCAUGUCAAAGGAUAGGAAACAGCUGACCAAGAACAAAUAUGUUUUUGAGGAUCCUGAUGUUGUGGCCCUGGUCAUGUGA